AAAAAAAAAAUUUUUUACUACAGUGUGUGUGUGCUCACCAGAGAGACAGAACCUGCCCCCCCAUAGGAUGGCUGUGUGCAGCCCCUUUUCCCCCCAGUCUCCUUUUGGGGGGCAGGUUCACACACACACACAGCCAGAGUGGGUCCGAGACUCGACCCAUGGCCGUCAGCCGUGUAGAAGUCCAGCAACGGAACCACUACUGCCACCGGCAGGCCUGCUUUUGCUCAUUUAUAAAGCAGUGGUUUUCCCUGAAGUGCUUGUGACCGCCCUCAUACCUGGGGCGGCUCAUGUGCCCCGGAGUCCUGGCUGCUGCUCAGCCUUUGUGCUGAGUGGGUGAAGGGCCUCCCGGGCUCGGUGCGUGUGUGUGCACGUGCGUGCUCAGAUGGGAUCAGCCGGCUCCGGGUAGCCCGGUUGGGUAGCCCUUCAGACUCUCGCGCUGGAGAGAGGGUGUUGGCAGGAGGGGAGCCCAUGGAGACCUGCUUUCUGGAGGACAGCUGUCCCCGUAGGAACGCCCCAGUGGGGGAGGAUUCACCUCGCCUGUCAGCACCUGGGUUGGGGGCAGGGCCAGUGGGCCUGGGUCCCCCUUCUCUGGUUUCUGGGACCUGGGCAAGGGACCAGUCACAACAGUGGGGUCAGAAACUACUGACGGUUUGUACAGAGCAGGAACCUAGAGCAGGUCUGGCUCAGGGAGGCUCCCUGACCCUAGGAGUGGCCCCAGGGGCCUCAAGGGUGUUCUAGAGUGUGUCCUCGGAUAUCCUAGGGGGCUGUGUGGGGUCCUUGAGUUUAACAGUGAGCCCUGCAGCUUUUUGGAGUUUGAAAGCCACUGUCUCCUUGUGCAGACACAGGCCCUGGAAGGGGCAGUGACAGCGGUGGGGGACUCUGUACCCUGAAUCAGGGCCUGGCUUCUGGGUACUUUUCUGACCUCAAGCCAGGCCAGGUGGGUGAGGGAGAAGUGCUCAGGCCUGUACUGUCCAAGGCCCUGCACCCAGCACUGCCACUCGCAGUGCCGUGUGCACCGCCUUUCUCGGGAAGUGUGUCUGUGCUCUUCGGUGCAGGGUAACGGUGAGCCGUGCCCUGGUUGCUCUGGUUCUGAUGUGACUUCCCUCUGCCCUUGGGCUUGUGCUCGGAUCCCCGUGCACCUGGCCCAGACCGAGACCUCCCGGGCAAGCCCUGCCUUGGGGUAACCUGCUGGGGGAGGAUUCCCUGGCCAGGGCAACCAGGUCCCUGGGAGAGGCAGCCCCCAGCCCUGCACUGCCCUGUUCCCUAGGGCAAGGCCUCCCUGGGGCUGAUGACUUCAUCAGGACCUGCAGCAGUCCUGGGUCAGCUGGGACAGGGCCAGGUUAACUGAAAGGACUGGAUGGGGUGGGAAGGGAGGGGCAGGGCUGUGUGGAGUGGCCUCCUUCCCUCUCCUGAGCCCUCCCUCUGCUCAGAGGAGCCAACUUCAAAAGCCUCCUCCGCCUCCUGCUCCUGCCUCCAGGCAGCCUGCUAGGGGAGCCUUGUCUGCUGGUGUGGGACCAGGUGUGGCUGCCCGAACCCCAGGACAUGUGCGUGGCUCGGAGGAGGCGGGAGUGAGGGCCAUGGUGAGCAGCUGCUGGGAGGGGCUCGCUGAGCGGAGGGUCUGGAAGGUACACAGCACAGGGCCCCCCUGCAGGCUCCUGUGUGCCCAGGAAGCCCUGCCGGUCCCUGGUGCAGCAGGCUCAGCUGGGGUGCAUGUGCCCUGGCCUUUCUGGCCUUGGGGGCAGGAGUCCUCUGACAUGGACCACCCUGUCCUCAUGCAGGACUGAGCUGGGUUUUGGGCCAGAGGGUGUUCUGCAGACAGGACUUGGGGUCUCCCUGGGCGAAGUGGGUGCUACAUGCUCCCUGAAGUGCCGGCACUUCUGGGCAGAGCAGGCGCUUGACCCUCCCACGGUGGCUGGGUGUGGAGCUGGGCAGGGUCAGAAGGGGCUAAAGUGGAGUGCAUCUGCUCCUCUGGCCUUGCUGCUUCAUUGUCCAGGCAGAGACGCCCCAUCCCGCCCACCCCACCCUGACACCCAACGCUGGCGGGGGUGGGGUGCUGCUGGGUCAGGUUCCCCUGGCAGCCUGGGAAGCCGAGUCUUGUGGUCCUGGUCGGUUCACACGAUUAACUUUCCAGCCUGAGUCAGCUAUAGCUCCUUCAGGGCAGGUUUGAGGCGACUGGGGGCCAGCCAGGCUCCUGAGUGGCUCCUUUUGGGGUGGGCAGGGGCAUGAUGUGGGGAUCCCCUUCCACUCCGUCACCUCUGAGGUUCCCCCCAGCCUUCCCCUUCCAGUGGGGUGUGGCUUGAAGCGUGAGCCCUUGCCCUCUCCCAGCUGGGUUGGGAUGCAAGAGACCCUAGGUCCUGGGUGUCCUUGAGCCACCGCCGGGGCGGCACAUUUGUGCCUGGGCUUCUGCAGGGCAGACCGAGCACAGUGUGUGUCCCCAGUGGCCCACACCCUCGGAGAGCUCAACUCUGGGGUGCGGUUGGGUAAGUGGCCCUGAGAGGCUGUCUGGGGGCGUGGGUGCCAUGCUCCCCCCAUCCUGGCUCUGCAAAACCGGCUGGGUCUCGUCCCUCCCAUGCAGCGUCCCCUCUUCCUCCUGGCCCUUCAGGGCUGGGUGAGUGGCCUGUCCAGCCGUGGUCACCACUCUGGAGUGUGGAGCUGUCUGGACUGCAGGCCUGUCUGUUGUCUCCUUCCCUAAACCAGGCAGGGACCUACCCUCCCAGGCCCUUGUACGGAGCCUCGGCUGAAUGGUGACAUUUUUGAACAUUUGUUUGCUGUGAUUUCCAAGCCACUGGGUCCAGCACCUGAACCACUAUGUGGGCAUCCUGCAGUUUCUCCACCUCCCUGUUGGCCCCAUGGUGACACCUCUUCAUGCAGGCUCAGACCCGGGGGGGUGUGUGUGGGGGGAAGCAGGGGUGCCCUGCGGCACCGCACCUCUGCUGGGACCCCGGGCUCCAGUCCCAACCUUGAGCUGGUGUCCCCUUCAGGUGCCCCUCAAGCCCACACUCUGGGCACUCCUGCUGGCCCUGCUUGGGACCGAGCCCAUAGACACCUGGCCUCGUGCCUGCAACGUUCCGGACGUGCUCCGCCACUACCGCGCCGUCAUUUUCGAGGACCUGCAGGCUGCGGUGAGGAGGGCCGGAGGAGCUGCAGCCGAAGGGCCCUGGGCAGGUCCCGAACACCAUUCCGUCCAGAAAAAUCUGACUGGAGCCGGGGGUCCUAGACCGCAGGGACGGCCUGGGGGCUCCUGCGACGCCCAAAAGGAGCACGGUAUCCUACAGUCCAUCGCGUCCCUGGGUCGGACUCUGCUCUGGGCGGGGGCCGAGGGCCGUCGUGGGGUCCUGGAGAAGGCGGCACGGACCGUGGCCUUGCGCAUCGAGGCGGUGAUGCGGCGCCACUGCCCGACGUGGCGCCAGAUGUGGGACCCCGAGUCUGCGGGUCCAGGUCGCCCCCUCCCCACGCAGGGCCGCUGCACCUCCCCUCCCGACCCGCUGCAAGUGAGCUGCGUAGGGCGUGCGCGGGGCACGGUCCGCACCCGCGGGCUGCCGGGUCCCUUGCAGCGGCGCAGCCAGCCCAAGACGCGGCCUGCCCGGGUUCGCCGAGGGCGGAGGCGGCUCCUGCUGCGCGCCCUGGACGCCGUCGCCACCUGCUGGGAGAAGCUCUUCGCGCUGCGCGCCGCGGCGGCCACCGGGGCUCCUAGCCCGGCCUGGCGCAGGGCCUGAGAACGAGCCUCCGUAGUUAACGUCGUGUUGCCGGCCUCUGCGCCCCCAAAGGUCCAGGACUCAAAACCGAACCCCGCCCGACCAAGGAUGCACCCAGGGGCCCGCCCUCCACGCGCUAAGC